AUGCCGCAGGUUGGUUCCCGCCUUCCUGAACGGAUCCGCAAAUACAAUGCCGCAGGUUGGUUCCCAGCCUUUCGUAGGUUCUUCCUGCAGCAUAGCCUCGAUGACGGAUGGCAGCUAGCGCCAGUGCCAUGCCCGUGCAGCGCUUGGAAGCACAUGCCCAAUGUUCAGCGUGUUUUUGCAGCCUUGGUACUUGCUUCUCGCGUCACAUCGGCCAUUAAAGAGCAGCUGCUGUCGGGCUGUUUGUUCUUCGCUGCCACAAAUGGCAACUGCUCUGAUUUGAUUGCUGGAGGGCUGACUAUUCAAGAUGAACUGGAUGUGGCAUUUACUCUGUGCGAAGGAUCACAGAUUCAGGAGGUGGUGAACGGCUUCGCUGUCACGCUGAGGCUUUUUGUUUCUCCUGAUGGCAUAUUCUAUGCUCAUGCAGCAACACUACGUCCUGGACGCCAAGUGCUGCAUUUUCAAACGAAUUACUUGCGUUUUCAGUGGCAAGCUGCUGGGAAGGAAGUGUCAUGGAAUGCAAGACACUUCGGUACUGUUGCCGUAUUUGGUCAGGCAUGUGGCAACAAAGACACCAUGUCCUGGCCACAACAUGAGUGGCACGUUCCACGUCUCAGAGUGCGACCUCAGGGCUGCUUCCCAACACCAAUUGCCCAGCAUUGUUGUCAUCCCAUUCGUCCGCAGUGCUGGGGUUACAAUCAGCUGCUGACGUUUGCUUGCUGCGCAGUACCUUACGAACCAGCCUUCACCUCCACCUGUUUGGUGUCGAACCCCGUGUACCCUAACAGGAACCAAGACUGCCGAGGUCAACCUCUCAAUUUUUUUCGGGCAUUUCACCAGGGGAAUGAGCUCAGAUUCGUUGUUGCAGGAAGGAUAGUCAAGGCUUCGGACGUCAACGCUUCUUUGGCAACGGGCUGCCUUCUUCAGAGUGUGGUGUAUCUUUUUCAUGAGCUCCACCAUCUCAGCCACAACGGAGAGUGGCUACAAGCAAUCCCUGUGCAGCAGCUGGUGGACUACGUGCGCUUGUUCCAGGAACUCUUGGGGAGCUGCGAUUUGGAGUCGCAGAUGUUCUUUCGCCUGACUGGGCUGCUUCCGCAGCAGAUGCGAUACCUGGUAUGGUUGUCAACUGGGAGGCGCUAUCACUGGUUGCUGGAUGACUUGUCGCUGCGGGAUCGGCCCAUGAUCGUGGACGUGGGUGCAGCUGGUGGAUUGGACAGCUCCCUAUACGUGGCACUUGGUGCUCAAGUACUGGCAUACGAGGCAAACCCUACUGCAGCCAACUGCUCCGCGAGCCGAUUGGGGCCGGCGCUUCGAAGUGGCCGCCUCCGCCUUCACAAUGCCAAGAUCAGCAGAGGACAAGGGCACGAGAAGUUCGUGGGCUCGAUGCAUGCUUUGGACUUUGAACGAGCCGGAGAAGCUGGUUUGCCCCAAUACGACUCUGACAGGUUUGCAAACACAGUGCAGCUGGUCACGAUGAGCUGCGCUGACAUCAUUUUUCAGCAUGGGGCUCCGUACUAUAUGAAGAUCGAUGUAGAGGAUGCAACAAAGAUUUGCAUCGACUCUCUUGGCGGGGUUGCUGACAGCUUCAGGCCACAGCUAAUAUCAGCGGAGAUGGAGGACAGCUCUGUGCUGAUGCGUUUGGCAGCUCUCGGCUACCAAAGCUUCAAGAUUGUGCGCCAAUCGCCUCAUGGUUUUUUGAGGUCAACGUCCUCUGGUGAAUGCACCCUCCAUGGUGCAAAGCAGCUGAAGGAGAGUGCAACCGGCUUAUUCGGCGACUUUGCUACCGACUUGAUUGCAGGGGCGGAAUGGCACUCGUUCACCGAAGCUCUGGACCUGUACACCACCGUUGCAAAUCCGCACAUCAGAUCCGCCGUAGCUGCAUGGUUUCCAUCUGCAAAUGCCGAGUGGUUCGACGUACAUGCUCGACGCACUUCUCCGAAAAAAGACCUCGGUGGCAUCAAGCACUGGUGA